AUAUAAUAAAUUAAGCUAAUGUUGUUAGUGAUUUUAAUCAUAAAUAACUUUUUUUGCAUAGGAUAUGCUUGUAGCUGCAACAGAUACUACAUCAGCCACAUCAGUUUGGGCUAUGGUUGCCCUAGUAAAAAAUCCAAGAGUAAUGAGAAAAGUACAAGAAGAAAUUAGAAAUGUGGGAGCUAAAAAAGAUUUUUUAGAUGAAGAUGACAUUCAAAAAAUUUCUUAUUUAAAGGCAGUGAUUAAAGAAACACUAAGAAUGCAUCUACCAGACCCACUGCUUGUGCAAAGAGAAGCACGUGAAAAAUGCACUAUAAGUGGAUACGAUAUUCCAGCCAAGACAAUAUUGUAUGUGAAUGCUUGGGCUAUUCAGAGAGACUCUAAUGUUUGGGAAAAUCCAGAAGAAUUUUAUCCCGAGAGAUUCUUAAAUAGUUCUAUAAACUUUAUUGGACAAGAUUUUGAACUAAUACCCUUUGGAGCUGGUCGUAGAAUUUGCCCAGGUUUGCCUAUGGCAGUUGCCUCAUUGGAACUUAUCCUUGCUAAUCUUCUCUAUUCAUUUGAUUGGGAAAUGCCACAAGAUUUAAAAAAGGAAGAUAUUGAUAUGGAAAUGUUGCCAGGGAUCACUCAACAUGAGAAGAACCCUCUUUGCCUUGUUGCCAAAAUCCCUAUGUAG